AUGUACUCGCUACCAACCCCGCGAUCUGAGCCUGACACGCGAUGGAUGCCUGCUAUUGCUACGGUCAGCUUGGGGGUAGCUCAUCUGCAUUCGCUGCCGGCCAAGAUUGAAGCCGCUGCGCAGAAUGGUCAGCAGGGUUUAGAACUCUUCCAUGAUGAUCUCGCGCAGUUCUCCAAAUCCAUACGCCGUCAUACCGAUAACGGAACGGCGGCCUGGACCGAUCGCGACUAUGAGAUCGCUGCGGCGCACGCCAUCCGCGAUCUAUGCGCGAAGCGGGGCCUCAAAGUGUUGGCUCUACAGCCAUUCCGGCACUACGAAGGCCUACUGGACCCGAUUCAACAUGCCCAGCGCAUCGACGAAUUGAAGCACUGGGUGGAGCUUUCCAAAAUUCUUGGCGAUGACCUCUUCAUCCUCAUUCCCUCUUCCUUCCUCGGCCCGUCUCAAAUCACGGGUGACCGAGAUCGACUAGUGGCCGAUCUAGGACAAGCCGCGGAUGUGGCAUUCCCAAUCCGUAUUGCAUAUGAGGCAUUGGCGUGGGGUACAUACAUUAAUACCUGGGAGGACAGCUGGGACAUCGUCCGGCGGGCAAACCGGCCGAAUCUGGGCAUUUGUUUGGACACAUUCAAUAUCGCAGCAAGGCUGUGGGCUGAUCCGACCAGCGCAACGGGGCGCCUGCCAGCCUACGCAGACGUCGAUCUACAGGAAUCGAUGCAACGACUUGUGCAGGAAAUCCACCCCAAGUGGGUCAUGAUGGUACAGCUAGCUGAUGGAGAACGAACCGACCCCCGGGCAGAGUACCUUCAAACACCAAGUAUGCCCAAGCUACUUUUAUGGUCACGGAAUGCUCGUCUGUUUCCGUGCGAGGAAGACCGGGGUGGAUAUCUGCCUAUUUACACGGUCGCAGAUGCAUGUCUUAAUGGGCUAGGCUACACUGGAUGGGUCAGUAUGGAAGUAUUCUCCCGAACUACUGGAGAGUCUAAGCCAUCGGUACCCAAUGAGCAUGCUGCAAGAGCAGCGCAAUCAUGGCAGCGGAUGUUGCAGCAGCUGGAUGCGAAAGGUGGAAAAGCUCGGUUAAGCUAG